AUGCGCUUCCAGGUGCAGGCCUGGCCUGCGGAAGCUUCCACUGCUGUCACAUGCUUUACAAGAGGACUUGACCUUAGAAAGGAGACAGAAGAUGUUCUUUGCCCAGCAAACUGUCCUCUAUGGCAAUUUUAUGUGUUUGGGGAUGGAGUUUAUGCCUCUCUUUCCAGUAUCUGCGGAGCUGCCAUACACAGCGGGGUGAUCACCAAUGCAGGAGGAGCUGUAAGGGUACAGACUCUCCCAGGACAGGAGAACUACCCUGCUGUAAAUGCCAACGGGAUCCAGUCUCAGGUGCUCACUAGAUGGGCUUCGUCUUUCUCCGUGACUCGUACUAAGAACACGGCUCUUGAAGCGGUUGGACGAUCGGUAUCAACAGCACGUCCUUCUACAGGUAAAAGACCUAAGAAGCCGCUUGAUAAAAAGGCUGGAAACAAAGACUGUAAAGCUGAUAUUGCAUUUCUCAUUGAUGGAAGUUACAACAUCGGCCAACGUAGAUUUAAUUUGCAGAAAAACUUCGUUGGAAAAGUAGCUGUGAUGUUGGGAAUUGGAACAGAAGGGCCUCACGUUGGAGUUGUACAGGCCAGUGAGCAUCCAAAAAUUGAAUUCUAUCUGAAAAACUUCACUGCUGCAAAAGAGGUUUUGUUUGCCAUAAAGGAAUUAGGGUUCAGAGGAGGCAAUUCUAAUACAGGGAAAGCGUUGAAGCACACAGCUCAGAAAUUCUUCUCUUUGGAAAAUGGAGCACGCAAAGGAAUUCCCAAGAUCAUAGUAGUGUUCCUAGAUGGCUGGCCCUCGGAUGAUAUAGAAGAAGCCGGCAUAGUGGCCAGAGAAUUUGGUGUCAAUGUAUUCGUUGUAUCUGUAGCAAAACCCACAACAGAAGAGCUGGGAAUGGUACAGGAUAUUGGUUUUGUUGACAAAGCUGUCUGUCGAACCAACGGCUUCUUCUCUUACCAAAUGCCCACCUGGUUUGGUACUACCAAAUACGUAAAACCUCUUGUCCAAAAAUUGUGUUCGCACGAGCAGAUGUUGUGUAGCAAGACAUGCUACAACUCCGUCAACAUCGGUUUCUUGAUAGAUGGCUCCAGCAGCGUUGGAGACAGCAACUUCCGCCUCAUGCUGGAAUUCAUCAGCAACGUUGCAAAGGCUUUCGAGAUCUCCGACAUUGGUUCCAAGGUUGCAGCCGUGCAGUUCACAUACAAUCAGCGUACCGAGUUCAGCUUCACCGACUACACCACGAAAGAAAAAGUCCUCUCGGCUAUCCGGAACAUUCGCUACAUGAGCGGCGGCACUGCUACUGGUGAUGCCAUUUCCUUCACAACCAGAAAUGUGUUUGGGCCGGUGACAGAUGGACCUAACAAAAACUUCCUUGUUGUUUUGACUGAUGGUCAGUCUUACGAUGACGUUAGAGGGCCUGCUGCUGCUGCACAAAAAGCAGGAAUAACAGUCUUCUCUGUCGGUGUUGCCUGGGCACCUCUGGAUGAUCUGAAAGACAUGGCUUCUGAACCAAGAGAAUCUCAUACCUUCUUCACUAGGGAGUUCACAGGAUUGGAGCAGAUGGUUCCUGAUAUUAUUAGAGGCAUCUGUAAAGAUUUUUUGGACUCCAAACAAUAAAGCAAAAAUCUGCUGUUGGAUAUUACUACUUUGAAACUAAAAAUCACAAAACCGAAAUGGUCCCUCCAAAGUACAGAUGUUUUAUUCUUAUCUAUAUUAUCACACUACAAGGGAAGAAGAAGGGCUACUUUUUGUUUCUGUAGUCAGUCAAGGAUUCUUGUGAGCUUGUUAGAAGUUCUCCUUAAUACCAGAGUGCAGAAUUUGGCCA